AUGACGUACUCUGUCUCCAACCUGAGUGUCUGCACAGUGUACUCGGGCUCAGUAGUGGUCAAGCUCUCCGAGACCAGGUCGUCCACCAGGAAGGCGACCUUCUCUCAGCUGACCAUCACAAAUGGUUCUAUUAUUGCGAAGAAGGAACUCGAUUACAGUCAUAGGAAUUACACCGUCGUAGAUUUAAAGCCUUGCCAAAGCUACUCUUUUGAACUCAAGCUUGUGGAUGAGAAUGGCACUUCUACAGUCGAUUACAAAGCUGUCAACGUAAUUACAGAAGCUUCAGAUCUUAUGAGUGUCAGCAACCUCGAACUGGACCGAGUAUCCCUUUACUCACUGUACCUAAAGUGGUUCUUGCCAGAAGAGUCGAGUUGCGUGUGUGUCAAACUACACG